CACACACACACACACGCAGUAGCAGCAGCAGUGAUAUGGCAGUCAGGAAACGGACAGCCAUUUUAUAAAUCCGCAGCCUUUCUGUACUAUAAAAACGGAUUUUUUCCAUCUUCCAAUAAUGGGUCAGUGUGGGAUUACAUCAUCCAAGACCGUCCUAGUGUUUCUGAACCUGAUUUUUUGGGCGGCUGCUGGUAUCCUGUGCUAUGUCGGAGCCUAUGUGUUCAUCACGUAUGAUGACUAUGAUCAUUUCUUUGAGGAUGUGUACACACUGAUUCCAGCCGUUGUUAUUAUCGCUGUUGGCGCGCUCUUGUUCAUCAUUGGCCUAAUUGGUUGCUGUGCCACCAUUCGAGAAAGCCGCUGCGGUCUGGCCACGUUUGUCGCCAUUCUUAUGUUGGUGUUCGUCACCGAGGUGGUUGUGGUGGUACUUGGCUAUAUUUACAGAGCGAAGGUGGAAAAUGAGGUCAAUCGGUCCAUCCAGAAAGUGUAUAACGAAUACAAUGGCACUAAUACAGAUGCUCCCAGCCGUGCGAUUGACUAUGUGCAGAGACAGCUCCAUUGCUGCGGGAUCGCCAACUACUCCGACUGGAAGAACACUCGCUGGUUUAAGGAGUCUCGCAAUAACAGCGUACCACAGAGUUGCUGCAAACCGAACGUGAGCAACUGCACCGGCUCUCUCUCCCGCACUGGAGAUCUCUAUCCUGAGGGAUGCGAGGCGCUGGUUGUGAAGAAACUUAAAGAGAUCAUGAUGUACGUCAUCUUGGCCGCUCUUACGUUCGCUGCAAUUCAGAUGCUGGGGAUGUUGUGUGCCUGCGUGGUAUUGUGCCGUAGAAACCGGGACCCAGCGUACGAGCUUCUCAUCACAGGAGGGACGUAUGCAUGAAUAAAUAUACAAGAUAAACCUUUUUCAUGCGCACAUAGACAUGCACACACGCACACAUGCAUACAUGCACACAUUGGGCUCAGGGUUUUUUCGGUGUGAGGUGGCACACUGGAUACGCCCAAAUCAAUUUCUAUUUCUCACAUCUUACACAGGGUUUGCUCCCACAAUGCACUGGUGAUGGGUGAAGCGGAAUGCAUCCUGUAUAUUUAUGUACGCCAUUAAAAACGAUUGAUUUUAAAUGUAACCUCUUUUUUCUCAAAGGCGUUGGGCAUAACUGCAAAAUGGCCACCGACCAGUUGUUAAUCCCAAUGAGAAGACUUUAAGACUUUUUUUAUAUAUUCUCUUCUUUGUCUCUGUUAUAUGGAGUUGCAAGAAUGAACGUUUCGGCUUGAAAUGCCGUUAUUGUACGGAAUAAUAUGUGGAAUGUAUUUUCUUUCCUCAUUUAUUAGUUUGCACUAUGUGUAUGGUUUAGUUAUGUUACAAAUACCAAGACUGGUAAAUGGUUGGGGUUGAUGGAUGUGUUUAAAAAGGAAUUGUGGUACCGCUGUCUCUGAUCACCCAUCACCAGUCUGCUGCUCAGGGACGAAGGCAGUUUUGAAAGACAGAUCUGGAAUAUUGCUUUGCAAUGAAUGCGCAGCUAAAGUGGACUUUAUGUAAAGAUGCUCUGGGGGAAACUCUACAUGCACUACCCACCAUUUACUGACUUCUUAUCUUUAUUUCCACCUUUUUUCAUAGCUUACAGUGUGAAGAUUACUAUUGUAGUUACAUGUAGAAGUUAGUUUGGAAAAUACGCAAGUAUGUAGAACAGGGUCAACCAUGUAUUAUUUUAAAUGACUGUAAAUAGUUGGGGGACGAACAAUGAUGUAAGCAAGUUUUGAUCUUAAAAUAAAUGUUUCAUAAGUUGA